AUGCAUCUAGUAAGGGGUUUUCAAAACAUAGGGAGAACUAAAUUUAUAGUUUCUCUAGAAAAGCCAGCAGAUGUUAACAUCUUUAUCGACUGGUUUGGCAACGGUACUCAGAUAGUUCCCGCAGUCAAAUUUACCAUUACACGAGCCAACCAGGUCGAGGAAUUAAAUCGAAAACCCGACAUAAAAAUUACUAUCUAUGGGGCCCCGUAUGAGCUAGACCCCAAAUAUAUCUUGUCGAAGAUAAAUACAUAUUGCACCUUGGCAAAAAUUAAAAGAUGUACCUGGAGAGGCUACCCUAAUAUGUACAAUGGGGUACAUUUAAUCUUUACUCCAGAGAUAAAGAAGCCUAUACCAAAUAAUCUAAUAAUCAAUGGUAUCAGGAUUACGGUCAAGUAUGAUGACCAACCCCAGCCAGCCCGGAGAUGCUUCUGCUGUGGCGGAGAAAACCACCUAGCAGCUAUGUGCCCUACCAAUGCUGCCCCUGGCCCCCGCCCACAGACUAUUAAUAAUAAGUCCCUAUACAAUGCGGUAGCGAGUUCGCUUCCAGGGCCGAGUUUCACCGCCAUGUCAUUCGACCCGACCAGAUCUAACGAAGAAUCAACAACAAACCAACAACACCGAAUCAUCCAAUUUGAUCCAAUCCAACUACCAACUACUACGACUACCAACAACUACCUAGUUUGCGAUAUCAGCAUCCGCUGGAAGCGAACGUUAACUUGUCAUCUACCUACCUACCUACAGUGCGGUAGCGAGUUCGCUUCCAGAACUGAUAUGUUUCAAGUGUGGAGACGCUGGACAUGCCCCAAACCUAUGCCCGAACCAUGGCCUCAAACUCCCAAUAUGGCCCUCAACGAACAGUAUCGAUCCGGUACCAUCUUUUGA